UGGGUAUCAUCUGGCAAUAGUGUCAUUUCUAUUGUAGAUAUAUAUACCACCCCACGGUGAAAUUCUCCACCCUAUUCUGAAUUUUUAUCCCACACAAAAGCUCUGCAAAUAGAGGUAAUUUUUGUUUGGCACACAAAAGAGAUUUCCACCGUCUUUCCAACUCUCCAGCUCUUUUUGCUCUGUUGAGGCCUUCUUAUGUAUAGAAUGAAAUUGCAAAAAGGGAAGCUGGGGCAAGUGCUUGUGGGGGACUCCCACACCGUAAUCCGAUGUGGAGCACCAUAUGUCCGCUGUUCAUUUCAACUCAAUGGCAAUAAAUCCCGUUCAACCCCGAUUGGUUACCUCAUCUAAGAAAGUGGGGGUGACCUUUCGACAUGCGCAACCAGAGGUACUGGCUUCGUUGUGGUGACAUGACGGCCUCAUCAGUUGAAGAGGUCUCUGUGGUACAAAAUGUGCUAGUUCCAUUCUUCGCAAUUUAUAUCCGUUGAACUGAACUGGGCAAUAGUGUGGCCAUCUAUCAACCUAAAAUAUGUAUACGGUAUUACAUAGAGCCGUGUGCCAGGGUCGGGGUGGAUGGGAUUUUUUUUGUCAUUUAGGUGCAGGGUGGAUCUGAACGGGGGGUGACUAGAGUAGGAAUAUCCUAUUCACUCUAUCACCGCUUGUGGUGGUAUUUUGGAAAGUGGCAGAGGUGAUGGCAGAUGGCGUGGAGAUGCUGAAGGGUGGGUCACCUCCAAGAAAAGACCAACUGAGUUUAUAGAAUAUGGUAUCCCCCAUCCCACUUUGUACCAUUGAUUCCUGGGUUGGAGUACCUCCAAAAGGAGAGCGAGACAGAGCUUGAAUGUGGCAGCCCCCUGAUCUUGCGCUGACGGUUGGGGCCAAACUGAACUGAACUCUCGUCGUCUCCCGUCAGUUUAACCCAUGGCCCAUACUGGCGCGCUCUAUGCACUGCUCCCGCUCUUCGCCACACCAUGAUAUGCCCCAGAGUCAGCCACAGUUCAGUGUGCAAAUUCACUGGCAACUUUCUCUCUCUGCGCCACUCAAAUACCCAAAGAGUACUCAUAGAUGCCUUAUGUGCUGUGUUCUGUCUCUCUUGAACCAUCUCCCCGAGUACAUGCCUGUGCUGAACUCGACACCCGUCGUAUAUAGAGAGUAAUGUAUGGUGUUGCCAGAGAGCAUGAAAACGGAACGAACUUUGAGUGCUGCGGAGUGUAAACACCCGGGCCAAUCCCGUAAUAGACCUAUCGAGGCGGAGCCAUGAUACAGUCACGACUCCCAGCUCAAAGUCGCUAAGCAACUUUCCCUCCUGCCGAACUCCCCAGUGCUUGGGAAUUAGAUAAGCAGAGGCGUACAAAUGCUGCCUCACUCACUGCCCCAAGUGCGAGGUUGGCUGCUGCCAGCGGAGUAGAAGGGGCCUCCAUGUGGGCAUGAGUGGUGUGAGUGAAAGAAACGAAAGCAACGAGCGAGAGGGACGGGCAGGUCGGUGUCGGAUCGAAACGGUCGAGUCGGGUCGGGUCGCGUACCUUUUGCACUGCACUGUUCCUCCAGUCUGGCUUGAGAAGGCCUUUUGAGAAGCUGUCUUGCGCUCACCGAUUUUCUCUGCCUCCGUGAUUCAAUGACUAUAGACUAUACAAUUCUGCCGUAGUGAGUGUUAGUGCUACGGAAGAGGCACAUUAAAUGGAUGUUGAGUGCAUUUUGAUUGACGUGGACACUUUUUAGUGGCUAUCUUCCGGGGCAGACUGUGGUGCCAAGAGGUGGUGUCACCGGGUGUUACAAUGAUAAUUGCUAUCGCAUCCAACCAUUUGUCACCGUGAUCUCUUGGGGUCGCUCUCCUACACACAUCAGAGGUCACACAAGUAGUUCGCGGUAUUUUGAACACAAAGGUCGUGCCUGUGAUCUGAACAAAGUUGCACAGAGGGCAACAUUCAUUGUCAUAAAUAUAGAUUGAGUAUCAAUUAUUGAGCACCACACAUUUCAAUCAAGUGGACACGGAAGUUUAGGACAAAUUGCUAGUGAAUAUCGGAAAUUGAACCUACCCCGCGUAAAUCCUCACCAAGAGGAUUUCUCUAUACCGGACCAUUGAAAAGGAAUUUUAUGUGAUUUUGGACAAAAAGAUUGAUGUUAUUGAUUGUGUGUGGAUAUGAUAUUUGUGACUUGUCCUUGGUGAUUGGUUUACUAGCACGCGAUUCUAUCGCCACUUGUGAGCCUCAUAUCCCAUCAACCCAUCCUGUCUUUCGAUAAAUUUUAGUGGUUAGUGUCGGCCCCGGUUUUGGGGGGCCAAAACCGGCAAUAUUAUCACACACAAUUCGCUAAGUGUGUACGGGGGUGGCGUCCUGUGCCCAUCACCGUCCACAGCCACCGGAUUCUUCAACCCCCGUGGUCAGGGAUCCGAGAUAAACGCGUUAGAACUGGGGUUCCCGCGGAGUAUGGCUCUAGUAGCACCUCCGCCCCCAAGUGUCUGGCGCGAUCCAAAUCUCGGAAGCCACAUACCCGUCAGUACAGCGUCGGAGGAGCUUACCACCCUGGGACCUUUGGUGCCGACAUCGAAACAGGAACUUGUGCAACAGAGCAUCACACCAAAUUCCCAGGCCAACAGCUCCCAAAGUGGUGGGAGCUCAUCACAAACGGUGGAUGUUAAACCAAAUCAGAACAUUGAGUGUGUUGUUUGCGGUGAUAAAAGUUCAGGGAAACAUUAUGGCCAAUUCACAUGUGAAGGUUGUAAAUCAUUCUUCAAGCGAUCGGUCCGCCGCAACUUAACGUAUUCUUGUCGAGGAAAUCGAACCUGUCCCAUCGAUCAGCACCAUAGGAAUCAAUGCCAAUAUUGUAGAUUACGGAAGUGCCUCAAAAUGGGAAUGCGUCGUGAAGCUGUUCAGCGAGGACGAGUUCCACCCUCACAACCCACUGGAUACCCCGGAAUGCACGGACAAUAUGCCCUGACAAAUGGCGAUCCGUGUGCGGCUGGUUUCAAUGGACACUCAUACCUAAGUUCCUACAUAUCGUUGCUCCUGCGCGCUGAGCCUUACCCAACCUCCCGAUAUGGGCAGUGUAUGCAACCAAAUAAUAUAAUGGGGAUAGACAAUAUAUGUGAAUUAGCGGCGAGGUUACUUUUCUCGGCCGUGGAGUGGGCCAAGAAUAUCCCAUUCUUCCCAGAGCUCCAGGUGACGGAUCAAGUAGCCCUACUGCGACUAGUUUGGUCAGAACUAUUUGUACUCAAUGCAUCUCAGUGUUCAAUGCCACUCCAUGUGGCGCCACUCCUGGCAGCUGCGGGUCUCCAUGCGUCGCCCAUGGCAGCAGAUCGGGUAGUGGCCUUCAUGGAUCACAUCAGAAUAUUUCAGGAGCAAGUGGAGAAGCUCAAGGCACUCCAUGUGGAUUCGGCCGAGUACUCCUGCCUGAAAGCAAUAGUCCUGUUCACCACGGAUGCAUGUGGUCUGUCCGAUGUUACCCACAUCGAAUCCCUGCAGGAAAAGUCACAGUGCGCCCUUGAAGAAUACUGCAGAACACAAUAUCCCAAUCAACCCACAAGAUUCGGAAAACUACUGCUCCGACUGCCAUCACUCAGGACUGUUUCGUCGCAGGUCAUCGAACAACUGUUCUUCGUACGCUUGGUGGGGAAGACGCCCAUCGAGACGCUAAUCCGGGAUAUGCUGCUGUCGGGCAACAGUUUCUCCUGGCCAUAUCUCACAUCGAUGUGACACACAGUCUGGCGUCAGUUGGCGACAACCUGAUCUUCAGCGAUGGGGCCAUCAUUGGCCCCCUUCACCGGCUGCUGCAGUGUCCCGUCCUCUACUGGCCAGGUCUCCU